UCCCGGCACGCCUUCCAGAAACGCCUCCCGGCCUCUGCGACGAGGCCGGAAGUGACGCACAAGCUGCGACGCCCGCGCUGGCAGUCCGCUGCCGCCGCCGCCGCCGCCGCAGCCGCCGGAGCGCGCUUUAGGUAGCUUCAGAGACGGCGGGCUUUCCCUGGAUGGUUGCAGCAGGAGGAUCAUGACGGGGAAGAAGUCUUCCCGGGAGAAGCGGCGUAAACGAAGUGGUCAGGAGGCGGCCGCGUCGCUCGUGGCACCGGACCUGGUGCCCGCCCUCGCCAGUAGCGGCAGUGGAAGCACCAGCGGCUGCGGGAGUACCAGCGGCUGCGGGAGCGUCACCUGCUGUGGGAACACCAGCUUCAGUGGAAGUGUCACCGGCGGUGGGAGCGGCGGCAGCUGCUGGGGCGGGAGCAGCGUGGAGCGCAGCGAGCGCCGGAAGCGGCGGAGCACUGACUCAUCUUCUAGCGUCUCGGGGUCCCUGCAGCAGGAUACCAGAUACCUUCUGCCAACUUUGGAAAAAGAAUUAUUCUUGGCAGAGCACAGUGACCUUGAAGAAGGUGGACUGGACCUGACUGUGUCACUAAAACCAGUUAGUUUCUACAUAUCAGACAAAAAAGAAAUGCUUCAGCAGUGUUUCUGUAUCAUAGGCGAGAAGAAGUUACAGAAGAUGCUUCCUGAUGUGUUAAAGAACUGUUCAAUAGAAGAAAUUAAAAAGCUGUGCCAGGAACAGUUAGAGCUCCUAUCUGAAAAAAGAAUCUUGAAGAUUCUUGAGGGUGACAAUGGUAUGGACUCUGAUAUGGAAGAGGAGGCAGAUGAUGGCCCUAAGAUGGGAUCUGAUUUAGUCAGUCAACAAGACAUCUGUAUAGAUUCUACAUCAACCGUGAGAGAGAACAAACAACCUGAAGGUUUGGAAUUAAAACAAGGCAAAGGGGAAGAUAGUGAUGUACUCAGUAUAAAUGCAGAUGCUUAUGACAGCGACAUAGAAGGCCCAUGCACCGAGGAAGCUGCUGCUCCUGAGGUCCCAGACAAUACAGUCCAGAGCGAAGCUGGUCAGAUAGAGGACCUGGAGAAAGACAUUGAGAAAAGUGUGAAUGAGAUUCUGGGGCUGGCAGAGGGUAGCCCCAAGGAGCCCAAAGCAGCCACCCUGACUGCUCCUCCACCCGAAGAUGUUCAGCCUUCCGCACAGCAGCUGGAGCUGCUAGAACUGGAGAUGAGGGCGAGAGCUAUUAAAGCCCUCAUGAAAGCUGGUGACAUAAAAAAGCCAGCCUAGUUACUUGAAUCUGAAUUCUAGGUGUGUUUGAACAAAGCCACAUCGUAUAGUUUUGUAUAUGAAGUUUAUUUUGGGUCUUACGUGAUAGUUUUCAUGUAACCUUUAUUAGAUAAACUCAUCUUAGGCCUAAAAUACCUGUGGUUUUUUUUGGUUGUUGUUACUUUUAUAUUAUAUAUGUGUCAUUGCUGUAUGAAUUCAUGCCAAAUAUCAUUGGAUAACCUGGAUACUUUGUUGGAUGAGUCUUUAUGUCUGCAAAUUGAUAUCUGAAAAGCCAUUAGCAAAGAGUCACUGUAUUGUUCCCCUUCAUUUUUAAAUGUUUUGGCUUCAGACCUAAAAGCUUAAGAAAGAUUGACCAAGCAUGUUGCUCUUAAGGUUACCUAUAUUUUUGUGGUAGAAAAUUAAAUUAUUGCUCUUAGAUUUAUCAACAAUUUAAGUUUAGUCAUGCUUAUAUGCACUUUUAAAAUAAGUCCAUGUUGAACACACCUUCUCUGGGUGUGGAUUUAACUAGUAAAAACUGAAGAGCAUUUUUUGUUAUAAAGUUUAGAGGGUCUGAAAUGGCUGAGAAAAAUGUUUUGUAUAAAAGAAAAAACGGACUUAAUUUAAGGCCAUUUUUUAAAAUGUGGAAGUAAUUGCCCAACUUUAAUUCUAGCAGACAAGCCAUUCUAACAGGUAUUUGAUAUUAUUGGACCCUUGGUUCAGAUUUUUUCCUUCGGUAAAAAGGGAACAUAUUUUCAUUUACAUUCCAAGCUAUCAAGAAAAGAAUAUUUUAUUGUACAGGCUUUUAUCUCGUGUUUUCGCUUGAAGAUCUGAUGUGCUAUAAUUCCAUGAAUUAAAAAUAAUAAAGACUAUCAUUCUGGAUCUGAAGACUUUUGAUACAUUUCCAAAAGCAAAAUUAAUUUCAGGAAGCUUUGAUAAGUUGGUGUUAUAAUUAAUCUAAUUUUGUAUAGUUUUUGUAAAUAAAUUAACAUUCUGCCAAAA